AUGCCUGCCUCUGUCCACUCCAACGAACCAGUUGACGAGAUUGUCGUCACCAAGGUUGUCGAGGGCUUCGCUGCUCCCGUCCAGGAACCCGUUUCUGCCCCAGCUGUUGAUGCUCCAGCUGCUGUCGUUGACGGCCCAGUCGAGGCUGUCAAGGAGGUCACUGUUGUAGAGACCGCUCCCAUUCUCGAGGUUGCUCCAGCCACCGUCCAGGAGGUCAACGAUGUUGCCGCUGAGCCGGUCUCAGCUCCCGUCGUUACCGCCGACGAGAUCUUCGAGAAGCCAGCUGCUCCUGCUCCUGUAGAGGAUGCAAAGGAGAAGGAACUCGAGUCCGGAUACGCCAGUGGCUCCGGUUCUGCUGUUGCCAACGAAGAACCCAUCCCAGAGCUCAUCUUCACCAAGCAGCAUCUUCAAUUCCUUAACCAGCGCCUCCAGUUCCUCGAGCCACAGGACGUCCUUAAGUGGUGUGUUACCUCUCUGCCUGGUCUCUUCCAGUCAACCUCCUUUGGCUUGACCGGACUUGUCAUUCUUGAUAUGCUCUCCAAGCUUGACAUCCCCCGCCACCAGCAGGUAGACCUUAUCUUCUUCGACACCCUGCACCACUUCCAGGAGACCAUCGAUCUCCGUGAUGGAAUUCAAAAGGACUACCCUCACCUCACUCUUCACGUUUACAAGCCCCAGGGCUGCAACGACGCCGCCGAGUUUGCCGCUAAGCACGGUGAGGAGCUGUGGAAAACCAAUGAUGAGCUGUACGACUGGCUCGCUAAGGUCGAGCCUGCUCAGCGCGCCUACCGCGAGCUCGGUGUCACUGCUAUGCUUACCGGCCGUCGCCGCAGCCAGGGCGCUAAGCGCGGCAACAUGGAUAUCAUCGAGGUCGACGAGGCCGGUCUCAUCAAGAUCAACCCUCUCGCCAACUGGAACUUUGACCAGGUCAAGGACUACGUCAACCGCCGCAACCUCCGAUACAACGUCCUUCUCGAUCGCGGCUACAAGUCCGUCGGUGACUACCACUCCACCCAGCCCGUUGCUAAGGGAGAGGACGAGCGCUCCGGCCGAUGGAAGGGCCAGGCUAAGACCGAGUGUGGUAUCCACAACCCCCGAUCCAAGUACGCCCAGUUCCUCAUGGAACAAGAGCGAAAGAAGCAAGAGGAGGCCGUCAACGAGGCUCUCCAGGUCGUUGCCUAG